AUGUCGAGCAAAAGAGCCAAGGGAAAGACCACCAAGAAGCGCCCUCAAAGGGCAACUUCAAAUGUUUUUGCUAUGUUUGACCAGUCUCAGAUUCAGGAGUUUAAGGAAGCUUUCAAUAUGAUUGAUCAAAAUCGAGAUGGCUUUAUUGACAAGGAGGACUUGCAUGACAUGCUUGCAUCACUUGGAAAAAAUCCAAAUGAUGAUUACUUGGAAGCAAUGAUGAACGAGGCCCCUGGUCCUAUCAACUUCACUAUGUUUCUUACAAUGUUUGGUGAAAAGCUAAAUGGCACUGAUCCAGAAGAUGUUAUUAGAAAUGCAUUUGCUUGCUUUGACGAGGAGGGGUCAGGGUUUAUCCAGGAGGACUACUUGAGAGAGCUGCUGACUACAAUGGGAGACAGGUUUACAGAUGAAGAGGUUGACGAGCUUUUCAGGGAGGCUCCAAUUGACAAAAAAAACAACUUCAACUAUGUUGAAUUUACACGCAUCCUUAAACACGGAGCGAAGGACAAAGAUGAUUAAACAUUAUUGCUUAUAAAUAUGAAAAUAGCAGGCUGUUCAUAAUACUGUGUCUUAUUUGCUAGAACAUCAUGGUGCAUGACUUGUCUUUCAGACAGCAAAUAAAGGAACCUGCUCUACUGCACCUUUUCUAAAUGUGUUUCCCUAAUACACACUGUACAUCUAAGCUGAAAGGCAUUACCUAAAUGAGGGAGUAUUUUGGUAAAGCAAAUGUAAAAUUGCGAUGUAAAUGUUACAGUAGGUCUGAAACAUUUGUCAACCUAUUACCUGGUUUAGCUGGAUUUUUACAUUUUGUAAUAAAUGAAAAUUUUGAAAUUAUGAUGCAUCGUGGCACAUGGUUUAUCUUUUAUUUAACAGGAAAACUAUUGUGCAAAAUAAACAUUUCCAGAACAUGUA